AUGGCUAGUAAAGGUUACGCCAGAAUGCGAGUGCGGUAUCGAGUCCAUGUGGAUGAAGUUCAAGUACGUGGUGGAGUUGCAAAAUAUGGGCUUGUAGUGUCUGUUUGGGAUCAAGAUGGGCAAGAAGAGCUGAGGGAAACCACUGUUUGGAGGCGAUAUAGUGAGUUUCUGGCUCUAAAGAAAGAGCUAGAGAGCAGUUGUGGAUGUGAUAUACCUUAUGAGUUUCCACCUCGGACACUGUGGUUUGGUGGUGGUUCCAAGACCGGUGGUACGGAUAAGAAAGUUAUAGAAGAGAGGAAAGUGAAGCUGGCUGAUUUUAUGAGUGAAUUGCUCAAUGACUCCUUUGAUGUGAAAUGGAAACGGCACAAGUCCGUGAGUAACUUUCUCGGAAUGGAUAUAGCUCAGAUGGAGAACGUCAAGUCAACCAAAUCCAAACCUCCCCAGAAUGGGUGGAUGGACAUGUUCCAUGAGUACAAGAUGGAGUUUGAGGACUGCAAGAAGCAGGAGGGCGUUCAGAGGUCAAGGAAUGCGAUGUAUAUAAGGCUGAAGCUGAAUGAACUAGAACAGAUAUUAAACACUGAGGAAUUACCCGAGGAGGAGAGGGAUAGAAGGAGCAAAUUGUUAACAACAUUGAAGCAGGACCUGAAUGAGUUAACUAUUUCAAGAGAAGAUCCUAUAGUGCCAAGAGAGCAAGUAGUAAAGCCUUUACCGGGAAGGCGAAUGCUUGGUGAAACCAUCGAAACUGCGAAGUAUAAUAAUAGAGACUUGUUGCAAGUGCAAAAACAGAUGAAUAAAGAGCAGGAUCAAGAAUUGGAACAAUUACAUAAAAUCAUACAAAGACAAAAGCAACUCUCGAUGGAAAUGAACGAGGAACUAUCUCAACAGAAUGAACUCCUAGACUCCUUCCAAAACGAUGUGGACAGGACUGCGAUGAAGUUAAAACAAGCCAACAGAAGGGCUCGCGACUUCAACGAUAAAUAG